CUCAGGGAACACAUUUACUGAUGUACAGCUAAACUGUAUUAUAAGUCGUGUCAAAUUCUAUAAUGCUAAAGAUCGUGUAAAUGUACUACUAUGAUUAUGGUCACGUGUUACUGUAAACCGUUCUGAACUUUUAUAUUUAUUAUUAUUAGACACGAGAGUUGAUGUCUUCAUGUUUAAACGUGAGGAAGCGUCACCGGAACUCGACUCAUUGAGUAAGAAGUGAUUUCCCACUUCACAAUGUUGUGGAACACAGAUGAGAGAAACUGAGGAAAGUCCGCAUUAUUGACAUGAAAACAAACAGAUCAAAAGACUUCAUCUUAAUCACUAGACUAACUGUAUGGAUUAAUGACUGAACAGCGCUCUUUAAGAAUGGGCUUUACAUUCAUUUACAUCUUGCUUGGCUUCUGUAUCAACAUUCAGGUCAUCAAAUGCACAUCUGUGUGUUCGGUUUAUGGCUAUAGAGCUAAUUGCAUAGAACGAGGUCUUCACCAGGUGCCAGAUCUGCCAACACAUGUAGCGUAUGUGGAUCUCAGUAAUAACAAAAUAACCGAACUCAACGAAACAUCCUUUUCUCAUCUUGAAGGUCUGCAGAUCCUCACGAUACAACAUCAAACACCAGGACUUGUGAUCAGGAACAAUACAUUCAGAAGUCUACCCAAUCUAAUAUUACUGGAUUUAGAUUAUAACCUCAUGCUGAAAAUGGAGACAGGAGCUUUGAAUGGAUUAAUGAAUCUGAAAUCUCUCAGUCUGACACGUUGUAGUUUAGAUGACUCCAUUCUGUCUGGUGAUUUCCUCAAACCUCUGGUGUCUCUCGAGAUGCUCGUCUUACGUAAUAACAACAACAUCGGGAGAAUCCGACCAGCGCCGUUCUUCAUAAACAUGAGAAGAUUUCACAUGCUGGAUAUCUCGUUCACAACCGUGAAGAGUAUCUGUGAGGAAGAUCUGCUGAACUUUCAGGGUAAACGUUUCACACUUUUAAAUCUGUCGUCUAUAAAACUACUCGACAUGAAUCAGUACUGGCCAGGAUGGGACAAAUGUGGAAACCCAUUUAAGAACAUGUCCAUAAACAAAUUGGAUCUUUCUCAAAAUGGAUUUGAAGUUAACAUGGCAAAGCGUUUUUUUGAUGCCAUCACCGGUACCAAAAUCCAUCAUCUUAUCCUCAGUAAGAGUGGAGGUAUGGGUAGUUCUUUUGGUCAUAGAAAUUUAAAAGAUCCAGACAGAUUUACCUUCAGGGGUCUCAAUGAAAGUGGUGUUAAGAUUUUUGAUCUUUCCGGAUCAAAAAUUUUUUCUCUGUCGUAUUCAUUGUUCGGUGCUUUGUCAGAUCUAGAACAGAUUACAUUAGCGGACAAUGAGAUCAACAAAAUCGAAAAUGAUGCAUUUUUGGGUAUGACAAAUUUACUAAAGCUGAACCUGUCCAAGAACCUUCUAGGUGCUAUUGAUUCAAAAACCUUCAUGAAUCUACAUCAACUUCAGGUGCUUGAUUUAUCUUAUAACAAUAUAUGGGUGAUUGGAAAUCAAUCAUUUCAAGGACUCCGAAAUUUACUUUACUUAAACUUAAAAGGAAAUCAUCUUGAAUCAUUGAAUCAGUUUGCAACCCUACCAAACCUAGAAAAGAUCUUCUUGGGUGAGAACAGAAUCAAAUCAUUGUAUGGAUUACCAAACAUUGCUAAAAAUCUUGAAACCCUUGAUCUGGAAUAUAACAAAUUAACUGCCUUGUCAGAUCUGUACAUUAUAUUUCAGAAAUUUCCUAAUAUUAACACGCUCUAUCUUGAAGGGAACCUGUUUGGAAGUUGUCAUGAUAAAAGACCAACAGUAGUUUCAGACAAACUUCUACUUCUUAACCUCGGGAUAUCAACUAUAGAGAUGAUCUGGUCACAAGGCAAAUGUUUAGAUGUUUUUAAUGAUCUUCAUCAGUUACAACAACUCUCUCUAACAUCGAACUAUCUGCAGUCACUUCCUAAAGACGUCUUCAAAGGCUUAACAUCGUUGAUCUUUUUAGAUUUGUCCUUUAACUCUUUGAAGUAUCUCCCUAAUGGUAUAUUCCCAGAAACUCUACAAAUACUUAAUCUGGAAUAUAAUUCAAUUUAUUCAUUAGAUCCACAUCUCUUUAGCUCCCUCACUCAUCUCAGUCUGAAACAAAAUCAGUUUCGCUGCGAUUGCAACCUGAAAGAUUUUCAAACGUGGCUCAAUCAAUCUAGCACGAUCCUUGUACACCCUGUUGAAGAUGUGACGUGUGCCAGUCCUGAAGAUCAGCACAUGGUUCCUGUUUUGAGAUCAAGUAUACAAUGUGAGGAUGAGGAGGAAGAGAAGAAGGUUGAAAAACUGAGGAUUGGACUUUUUAUUUUCUCUGCCACAUUGAUCACGUUACUCACCAUCAGCAUCAUCAUUUAUGUCCGUCGCCGUGGUUACAUCUUCAAGCUUUACAAAAGACUUACUGCCAAAGUUGUGGAUGGGAAGCGAGAGGAUCCUCAAGCUGACGAGUACUUGUACGAUGUUUACCUCUGUUUCAGUUCCAGUGAUAUGAAGUGGGUGGAGAAAGCCUUGUUGAAGAAGUUGGACUCACAGUUCUCAGAUCAGAAUCUUCUCCACUGCUGCUUUGAAGAGCGAGACUUCAUGCCUGGAGAAGAUCAUCUGAACAACAUGAGAGACGCUAUUCAGAAUAGUCGAAAAACACUUUGUGUGGUGUCUGAACGUUUCCUGAAUGAUGGCUGGUGUUUAGAGACCUUCACAAUGGCACAGAAUAAAGCGCAAGCCGAGUUAAAAGACAGUCUGCUGGUUUUGGUGGUGGGGAACAUACCCCAGUACAGGUUACUCAAAUACAAACCAGUAAGAUCUUACAUUGAGAACAAGCAAUAUCUUGUGUGGCCCAGUGAUAGCCAAGAUUUGGAGUGGUUUUAUGAGCAGCUUGUACAUAAAAUCAGAAAAGACACAAAGAUUAAAGAAACACAAACAAAGGAUGACACCACAGAAACUGAAUUAAAGCCUGAAGCGACAACUGGUCAUGUUGAAAUUGCAGUUUGAUUAUGGUGUAAAGUCUGUCAGAGAUUUCAUGUGGAAUAUAAAAUAUUUUUCUUUACCAAGA